AUGCCCAGGCUCGACCUCGUCAGCGACCACCUCCAUCCGCAGGCGGAAAGGUACACAUCGGAUCUUGUGAAGCGACGGUACUCAACCCGGUUCAACCAGGACUUUGAUCCGAGUGCACCUCCUCCAGUUCCAGCAGUCCCAUCCGUAGGCAAAUACGCACCCGCCGAGCGUCUGCCGCCAGCUCGAGCUGCGGGUGCCGCCCCCAACUUUGACCCGAAAGCGCUGCAUGAUCCGAACCUGGUCCCUGACCAAUAUGUUGCUGGCACGCUCGGGGACGCAACUGAGAACCAGAUACGCGACUUUCAAGACCAAUUGAGAUCAUACAAACAGGAUGCAUCCACGAAGCUCCAGCAGAACCUGCUCCAGAAUCGCACUCAGUUCAUCAAGAUUAGUAAGGAAGCUGAGAAGUUGAAGAGCGAGAUGCGAGCCUUGAGGAAUCUCAUGUCAGAGUUGAAGACCAACACGACGGCCCUCCGAUCUGCGUCAAACAAAGGUGAAGGUGGUCCAGACCUGGGAGAGAUGUCCACGGGCCUCAGCAAGAGAGAUAAGCGAAGCUCUGUAGCGGAUAGAACCGCGCUGUGGAACUCGCAGAUGCAGGCGCUGUACAAGAGCGUAGAGGCUUCCCAGAAGUUUCUACCAAACGCACCUGGGCGCCACGUUGUGCAGAAUGCUGGCCCAUGGAUCGAGCUGGACAAUGCGACGUACAAGGCGCGCAGAGCUAUGCAGAUCUUCCUGCUGAAUGACCAUUUGCUAAUAGCCUCGCGCAAAAAGAGAAAGACUGAAGGACCAAUCGACGCUAAGGGACCAAUGUCCAAGAUGGUGGCGGACAGGUGUUGGUCGUUACUGGACAUUGAAGUGGUGGAUAUGGCCAGCACAGGUGAAUCUUCGGGUGGCCGAAACAAGCUGGCCGAUGCUAUCAUGGUCCGCGGUGGAGGCCAGGACUCGUUCAUCUACCGGACUGAGAAGCCUGAGGAUCCUGAGAAGAAGACGCUACUGCUCAAUGUGCGGAAAGCUGUCGAGGAGCUUCGCAAAGGUCUGCGGUCGGAGAUGGAGGCCAACAACAAAGCCCGCGAGACCAUCAACUACUUUGCAUCAAGGGACCCUGGUCUUUUGCAGAAGACGGAACUCCUGGAAACACUAUCUGACGUCAAAGAUAUGCUCAUCGAGGUCGACGGCAAGCAACAAAACCUGCGAUGGGUAGAAAGCCAGAUGGAUGAGCUAGACAUUGACAUUGCAGUGCAAGAGAUUGAGCCCGCAGUCGCACGAGUCGAAAAGCUCAGGGGGUUGGCAAGGGGUUUGAAGAACAACGUCGUUGCCGUUGACUUUAUCAACUUUAAGGUCGAAGAAAGAUGUAGUAAACUAGGCACUGUUCUCAUCCGAGAACUGAAAACAACACACAACGAGCAGAGCAAGACGAGGCGCAACGUCAGCUGGCUCACGAGGUUGGGUUUCGAGGACAGAGCCAGGGAAGCAUACCUCGCAGCUCGAAGUGACACAAUUCACAAACGAGCGAGACAAUGUAUCUUCCAGGGCGACCUUCACCUGUACAUCUGGCAAAUAUCCUUUGUCUACUUCAUGGUCAUUCACAACACCGUCAAAUGCUUUCAAGGCUGUUUCCCACCGCCAAUGAUGAGCACCUGCGUCAAGUGGGCCAAACAGGAGGUUGAGGCUUUCAACUCCGUUUUGGCAAGGCAGCUUAGUAGCACAGAAAAAGGUGGUGAGGUCUGGAAAACGUGCAUAGACAGGGCUAAAGAGCACGCGUCGAUGCUGUCAGAGGCUGGGCUGGACUUCACUGAUCUUGUGGGGAGGGAUGUCGAUGAGCAGAACUCGCAGCAAAUUUCGGCGCCGGCCGGCGACGUUGGUCUGGGGGUAGCUUCGUGA